AGUGUCACUGUCAUUUAAACGAAAUUUGCGGGUAAAAUUCGUUUAAGAUCGGAUUUCAUACUGUGAUGUUGCUUUAGUUAAGAAAAAUGAACGACGUUCAAAAUAUUAUUGACCGUCAACUUGGGAUUUAUUCUCGCUUCAACUAUGACAAUGUUUUAAAGAGGCUGUCGGUACAAAACGAGGAAUCAUUUUACGGGCUACAAACCGCCAGCUCGGCAGCGAACUUUGACCAAGAUCCUCCGAUUUUUGCAUGUCGUUUUUCUGAAGCUCCAGGUUACGAACACAUCCUUGCACUCGCUAACGAGGAUGGCCGCGUUGCUAUUCAGGACACCAGAUCACAGAAAACUGCAAGCACAUUGGAAGGCUUCCAGUGCCACAACAAUGCCGUCUUUGACCUGGCAUGGAUGCCACAGAACAUGAAGUUUGUCACCGUGUCAGGCGACCACACGGCGUGCCUGUGGGACGUGGCGGAGGCGGCGCCGCGCCGCGUGCUGGUGUUCUCCAACCACACGCGCUCCGUGAAGACGGCGGCCUUCCGGCCCACGGAGCCCAGCGUGUUCGCCACGGGCGCGCGCGACGGCCGCGUGCUGGUGUGGGACGCGCGCGCCGCCGCGCCCGCGCUCGUGCUGCGCCCCGACGUGUGCCUGGCGGGCUGCCACGCCUUCGCGCCGCGCGCCUCGCCCCGCGCGCGCCGCCCCCGCGCCGACCCGCGCCGCGCGCUCAGCAUCACGGGCCUGGCCUUCCGCGACGACCUCACGCUCGUGUCGUGCGGCGAGUGCGACGGCAACAUCAAGGUGUGGGACAUGCGUAAGAACUACGGCGUCUACAAGCGCGAGCCGCUGCCGAAGCACUCGAUCCCCUACUGCGGCAGCUCCGCGAGGAACGGCUACACGAACCUGAUCAUCGACGACGCCCGCGUGCGCCUCUACGCGAGCUGCAUGGACGACGUCAUCUACUGCUUCAACGUGUCGACGUUCGGCUCGCUGCCCGAGCAGCGGUACGUCGGCCACGAGAACAGUACGUUCUACAUCAAGACCGGCCUCAGCCCCGACGGCGCGUACCUCGUCAGCGGCAGCAGCGACAAGAACGCGUACGUGUGGAACGUCAAGUACUCGCAGCCGGUGGUGCGGCUGAGCGGGCACCGCGCCGAGGUGACGUGCGCCGCGUGGUGCCAGCGCGGCGACACCAAGAUCGUGACGUGCAGCGACGACGCGCGGCACAAGAUCUGGCGCGUGGGGCCGGAGGCGCCCGCCGACGAGGCGGCCGGCCGCGCCGAGCUCACCCCGCGCGCCGACGGCGGCCCGCAGUGGGGCGCGCGGGACCGCACGCCGCACGCGCUGCGCCGGCGCGGGGCCUCGCCCGCCUCGCCCGCGCCGCCCGCGCCGCCCGCCAAGCGCGCGCGCGCCGGGCCCAAGCGCUGCCUGCACGAGCUGCUGGGCGCGCGCGACGCCGACGCGGCCGACGCGGCCGACGCGGCCGACGCCAAGCGCCCGCGCCUCGCCCUGCCCGCCCUGCCCGCCCUGCCCGCCGGGCCCGAGGGGGCCGCGCGCAAGCGGCCGGCCGCGCCGGAGCCGGAGCCGGCGCCGGCCAAGCGGCGCCGCUCGGAGCCGGAGCGCGACGCCGACGACUGGCCGUACUUCGCGGCGAAGGCGGGCACGUCGUUCGUGACGCCACCGCGGAGCUACGAGAGGAAGGGCGGCAAGGUGCUGUCCCCGCGGAGCCCCCCCUCGCCGCGCCCGCCGGCCCGCUCGCCCGACGGGGACUCCCGCGGGGCGGUCAAGAUCAUCACCUUCACGACGCCGACCAAGAAUUUGCCCAAUUUCGUUUUGAACGGGGAGGCGCCCCACCUGAGGCUGAUGUCGCCCGUUAAGAAGAAGCCGGAGACGACCGACUGGCUCACGCUCAUGGUCCGCGAGAGGAGAGGCAAGACUUCGGAAAGCAACGAGAGGCUGAACGUCGCGGCUCCGUCCAGUCCGAAGGAAAAUGUACCCGCGCGUAGGAACUCGGUCACAGACAGAAUUACGAAAUCCAAUAAUAAAAAUAGAACUUUACUCAAAUAUUUCAGUGUCGCCAAAAAGGAAAAAUAAUAACCAGUGCGAGUGGGUUCCCGACACGCUGCCGCGGUCCGACACGCCGUUCCUCUGCAUGUUACGAUUGUGGAAAACUAGCUCUUAGAUAUGACACAUCACUGUGACGCUACUCUGAUAUUUGACAUAUUUUUUAUUUUUGCGACUGCUCUGCCUCAGAGAUCAUACGAAGAGUUGAGAUGUCAACCUCGUCUUGAGCAUAACAAGCGCUCGGGUGAAGCACCUAGGGAUUGCAAUCCGGCGUAAUUUUCGGUC